AUGGCAGACCUAUUUUUAUCCCCAGCCCUGCAGGUAAUCUUUGAUAGAAUCACUUCUCCUUUCAUAGAAGUGCUUGGUGGUAUUUGGGGAUUCGAGGACAACCUCAAAAGGAGAAAGCAAUCUUUGUUAAUGAUUCAAGCUGCUCUUGAAGAUGCAGAAGAGCAGCAAGUGACCCGAAAAGCUUUGAAGGCUUGGACUUGCUCAGGGAUGCAGCUUAUUGAUUAUCAUACUGAGGACCUGCUAGAACAUCUUACGGUGGAAGGCAAGCGGUAUCCUGUUGGAAUUUCAAUGAAUGGAGAGAAGGUUAGGAAGGCGCUUGAAACUUUGUAA